UUAGUUGCUUCAUCAUGUCCGUUUGAUUCUCUCUUCACAGACCCACCUGAAAUUUCAAAGCAGAAAAUGGGUUUCUUCAGAUUGGUCAACUUGUUCAUAGUUUUUCAUUUCUUUGUUGUAACACUCUUCUUCUCAGAUUCCUACUUGAGCUCAAAUGAAAACUUGGAAAUCCACACCACCAAGUUUCUAGAUUUAGCGAAGGAGCCUCGGGUUUUUGAAUGGAUGGUGGAGAUCAGGAGGAAGAUUCAUGAGAAUCCAGAAUUGGGUUAUGAGGAAUUUGAGACGAGUGAGCUGAUAAGAGCUGAAUUGGAUAAAUUGGGCAUAGCAUAUAAAUACCCAGUUGCAGUAACUGGUGUUAUUGGCUACAUAGGGACUGGGAACCCUCCUUUUGUUGCAAUAAGAGCUGACAUGGAUGCUCUUCUUAUGCAGGAAAUGGUGGAGUGGGAACACAAGAGCAAAGUACCUGGAAAGAUGCAUGCAUGCGGUCAUGAUGCUCAUGUUGCUAUGCUUCUUGGUGCUGCAAAGAUCCUCAAAGAGCAUGAAAAAGAGAUACAAGGAACUGUUGUUCUUGUUUUUCAACCAGCAGAAGAAGGAGGUGGAGGGGCUAAGAAAAUUUUAGAUGCUGGAGCGUUAGAAAAUGUCUCUGCCAUAUUUGGAUUGCAUAUCGCACCGUACUUACCUAUUGGGGAAGUGGCCUCUAGGUCUGGUCCUCUAUUUGCAGGAAACGGCUUCUUUGAAGCAAUAAUAAGUGGCAGGGGAGGUCAUGCAGCUAUUCCUCAGCAUUCUAUAGACCCCAUUUUGGCAGCUUCCAAUGUGAUUGUUAGCUUACAACAUAUUGUUUCUCGCGAGGCUGAUCCUCUGGACUCCCAGGUUGUGACUGUAGCAAAAUUUCAAGGAGGUGAUGCAUUCAAUGUUAUUCCAGACUCUGUCACAAUUGGUGGCACCUUCCGAGCUUUUUCAAAAGAAAGCAUCAUGCAACUGAGACAGCGGAUUGAGCAGGUUAUCAUUGGACAAGCUGCUGUGCAGAGGUGCAAUGCAACGGUCAGCUUCCUUGAUGAAGAGAAACCUUUCUUCCCUCCAACUAUAAACAAUGGGGACUUGCAUGGGUAUUUUCAAAGUGUUGCUGGGAGUUUGCUCGGCGUCAAUAAAGUUAAUGGCAUGCAACCAUUGAUGGGAUCUGAGGACUUUGCAUUUUAUCAACAGGUUUUACCUGGAUACUUCUUCCUCCUUGGAAUGCAGAAUGCCACUCUUGAACGUCUUGAGUCACCACACUCCCCCUAUUUCAAAAUCAAUGAAGAUGCGCUUCCUUAUGGAGCUGCACUUCAUGCAUCACUAGCUACUAAGUAUCUUCUGAAACUUCAUCAGGAUGUACCAGUGGUAGAGGGUAAAUAUCAUGACGAAUUGUAACACAGAUAAUUAAAAAGCCCAUGUUGGGGUUUAUUUCUUGGUGCAAUCCAAGUGGUAGUGGGGCACUUGUUUUGAUUCAUACUUUGGUUAUAAAUGUAUUGUAUUUAAAUUCAGAUAUUUCCUUAGUGCUUCCGCGUUAAAAUCAUCUUAACUGCGCUGAUCUAGGGUGGCAAAUCAAA